CCGCACCACUUAAAUACCGAGGGCCGUGGUGAUUCAGCGCCGGUCUCACUUCAAGCUGACAGCUCGCUUAGUUCGUCCUGCCUCAACUGCAGAAGACUCACUCCUCUCUUUUCCUGCUUCCUCUUUGACAAGCAACAGCAAAAAGAUUCACGAUGCCUCAUCAAUACCCCUUCCUCACCACAGAGCAGAAGAAGGAGCUCUCUGACAUCGCUCAGAGAAUUGUCGCUCCAGGCAAAGGCAUCCUGGCAGCUGACGAGUCCACAGGCAGCAUGGAUAAGCGCAUGGCUCAGAUCAACACCGAGAACACGGAGGAGAACCGUCGGUUCUACCGGCAGAUUCUGUUCAGCGCGGACGACCGCGUGAAGCCCUGCAUCGGGGGAGUGAUCUUCUUCCACGAGACCCUGUACCAGAAGACGGACGCGGGGGUGCCCUUCUCCAAGUUCAUUAAGGACAAGGGUGUGGUCGUGGGGAUCAAGGUUGACAAGGGUGUCGUUCCUCUGGCUGGCACUAAUGGAGAGACUACCACCCAAGGUCUGGACGGGCUGUACGAGCGCUGUGCUCAGUACAAGAAGGACGGCGCUGACUUUGCAAAGUGGCGCUGCGUGCUGAAGAUCACCUCGACCACACCCUCCCGCCUCGCCAUCAUCGAGAACGCCAACGUGCUCGCCCGCUAUGCCAGCAUCUGCCAGAUGCAUGGUAUUGUCCCGAUUGUGGAGCCGGAGAUCCUGCCCGACGGAGAUCAUGAUCUGAAGCGCAGUCAGUACGUCACGGAGAAGGUUUUGGCUGCAGUGUACAAGGCGCUGUCUGAUCAUCACGUCUAUCUCGAGGGGACUCUCCUCAAACCCAACAUGGUGACCGCCGGUCAGGCCUGCACCAAGAAGUACAGCGCCCAGGAGAUCGCCAUGGCAACCGUCACCGCCCUGCGCCGCACCGUGCCCCCCGCAGUGCCAGGUAUCACCUUCCUGUCUGGUGGGCAGAGUGAGGAGGAUGCUUCCAUCAAUCUGAAUGCCAUCAACCAGUGCCCCCUGCCCAAGCCCUGGGCCCUCACCUUCUCCUAUGGGAGAGCCCUGCAGGCGUCCGCUCUCAAAGCAUGGGCUGGGAAGAAGGAGAACGCCAAGGCAGCCCAGGAGGAAUAUAUCAAGAGAGCGCUGUGCAACAGCCAGGCUUCCCUUGGCAAGUACGUCGGUACAGGUGAUAAGGGAGCUGCAGCCAGCGAAUCACUGUUCGUUGCUGGCCACGCCUACUAAACAAGCCCCGCCUCCCGACAAUGUCAUAAUCCACUGAGACCCCGCCCACAAACUCCCAACAUUGAAACGAGGGUCGAAUAACCGGCCAAUCGUGUGCCUCCGUCUCUGUGUGUUUACAGCUGUAAUGUUGUAGUUUUUUUCCUUGUGAGUUGUUGGUGAUUUAUAACAUCCUGUCUCAGUAAACACGGUUUAAACAUGGUUAUCAUUCGAGAACUAGUGGUGUCGUCUGUGUUUCUGUGUGUCAAAGUAUUACAUCGAAUUGAAAAUGCCAAAUAAAGGAUAUCUGACAGAUCUAUACAAAUCAAA